AUGCCGCCUAAGAAGCCCGCCGCCGCGGACGGCGCGGCGAAGCCGAAACCCAAAGCGAAGAAGAAGGAGCCCAAGGCGGCGGACGCGGACCCGUACGACGUCAAGGAGAAGGAGACGCUCAAGCCGGAGAAUCAGCUCGCGCUGACGCCGAAAGAGCUCGAGGAGGAGAUCACGAAGCAGCUCACCGCGAACAACCCGAACGCGCCGAGCAACAUCGCGCGGUUCAACCACCGCGAGGGCGCGUUCAAGUUCGAGCCGAUGGUGGACCAGCUCGUGAUGCACUACGCCACCGACGGCUUCCUGCUGCACAAGGGGAGCGACGACGCGAAGCGGCAGAUCGAGCUCGAUCGACUGGAGGACGAGGCGAGGCGGGCGUACGAAGCGCUCAGCGCGCCGAGGGACCCGAACGCGGAGGGCGGCGCGGAGGGCGGCGCUGCUGAGGGCGGCGCUGCUGAGGGCGGCGCGGAGGGCGGCGCGGAGGGCGGCGCGGCGGCGGCUCCCGCGGGGGCUCCCGCGGGGGACGGCGGCGAGGGCGACGACGACGCCGACGCCGAGCCCGCCGACGACUCGAAACAGCUGCGGAACCAAUUCAACUUUAGCGAACGCGCGGCGCAGACGGUGAACAACGCGCUGCGCGAGCGUCAGAGCGCGACGGAACCGCCCGCGGUGAACGCGUUCAACACGUCGUGCACGCAGUGGGAGAUUUACGACGCGUACAUGGAGGACCAAGAGCGGAUGGCGAUCCAAGCCGAGAUGCAAAAGCAAGCCAAGGCGAAGGCGAAGGAGCCGGGGAAGAGAGAGGAGGAGACGGCGCCGCCGCCGAAGGAGAAGAAGCCGGAGCUCAUGGCGGGGGUGAAGAUGACGAAAGCGGUCAAGGUCAUGGAGCGGAUGGUGAACCAGAACUCGUACGACGACAUCGCGCAGGACUUCAAGUACUGGGAGGAUCAGUCGGAUCAGUUUCGCGACGGGGAGGGGACGCUUCUGCCGCUGUGGAAGUUUUACAACGAACGCGCGAAGCGACGCCACGUCACCGCGAUCGCGUGGAACCCGGAGUAUCACGACCUGUUCGCCGUCGGGUACGGGUCCUUCGACUUCAUCAAGCAGAUGUCCGGGCUCAUCUGCUGCUACUCGCUGAAGAACCCGAGUCACCCGGAGUACGCGUUCACGACGGAGAGCGGCGUGAUGUGCCUCGACUUUCACCCGCAACACUCGUCGCUCCUCGCGGUCGGGUGCUACGACGGCACCGUCCUCGUGUACGACGUGCGCUCGAAACUCAACCGCCCGAUCCGACAGAGCACGGUCAAGAACGGCAAGCACACGGACCCGGUGUGGCAGGUGUCCUGGCAGGAGGAGGACCUGUCGUCCAAGGCUUUAAACUUUUUCAGCGUCUCCAGCGACGGCCGAGUGACGAUGUGGACCAUGAGCAAGUCCGAGCUGACGUACCAAGACGUCAUGCUCAUGAAGAUGGUGUCCACCGCCGCGGACGGGGACCCGGACGACGACGCCACGCUCGGAUCGCUCGCGGGCGGGUGCUGCUUCGACUUUCACAAGACGACGGAUCAUCUCUUCGUCGUCGGCACGGAGGAGGGACACGUGCACAAGUGCUCCAAGGCGUACAACUCGCAGUACCUCGAGACGUUCGUCGGGCACCACAUGGCGGUGUACACGGUGAAGUGGAACGGCUAUCAUCCCAAGGUGUUUUUAUCCGCGUCGGCGGAUUGGACCGUGAAGCUGUGGGACCAUCAGAUGCCCAAGCCGGUGAUGUCGUUUGACUUGAACAACGCGGUGGGGGACGUCGCGUGGAGCCCGUUUAGCAUCACGACGUUCGCCGCGGCGACGAGCGACGGAAAGGUGCACGUGUACGACCUCCACGAGAAUAAGCACGAGCCGAUGUGCGAGCAGAAGGUUGCGAGGAAGGCGCGGUUGACGAAGAUCGCGUUCAACCCGAAGCAUCCGAUUUUGCUCGUGGGCGACGACCGAGGCUGCGUGACGUCGCUGAAGCUGUCGCCGAAUUUACGGAAGGGCACCAACGACGUGGAAAGGCUCGAGACCAUCAUCGACGCCUCCAUCAAGGGCGAGAUGCCCGAGAAGGAGUGA